UGGCGGAGAAGGGGUGGAGAAAGGCAGAAGUGGGCAGGCUUGUGUUUGUUCGGGAACGUUCAACUAAACUUUCUCUCGAGGAAAGGCCUUACUUCAUCUCUCUCCGUUUUGCCGUGGAGUUCUGGAGGAGGAUAACGGGUCAGAAAAUGAAAGGAGUCCUGGCGGUUCUCGCGUGUUUGUUUGGGUCCUUUUCUCCGCUCGGCUGUAAUCAGCAGGGCUCGAUCCCCGAGGGAGAUCUUCUAGUGCUGACCGUGGCCACGCAGGAGACCGACGGCUUCACGCGCUUCUUGAGAUCCGCGAAACGGUUCAAUUACUCCGUCGAGGUUCUGGGACGGGGUGAAACAUGGAAAGGUGGAGAUUACAUGUCUUCUCCGGGUGGAGGGCAGAAGGUGCGCCUGCUGAAGUCUGCUCUGGAGGACAUACAGGAGGAGAACAAAGUCAUUCUUUUUGUGGAUAGCUACGACGUGAUCUUUUCCUCUGGGCCGAAAGAGCUGCUGAAGAAGUUUCAGCAGGCCAAACACAGAGUUGUGUUUUCUACCGAGACGCUCAUCUGGCCAGACCGUCACCUGGAAGACAAGUAUCCUCAUGUCAGGGAAGGGAAGAGAUUCCUUGGGGCAGGAGGCUUCAUUGGCUACGCACCUAACCUUAAGAAGAUGCUUUCGGACUGGUCGGGAGCAGACAGUGACAGCGACCAACUCUAUUUCACCAAGACCUACAUCAACCCGGAGAAAAGAAAGUCUAUAAAUAUAACUCUAGACAACAAGUGCAGAUUGUUCCAGAAUCUACACGGAGCUCUUGAUGAGGUCGUGCUGAAGUUUGAAGAUGGACGUGUGCGAGCCAGAAAUGUGCUUUACGACACGCUGCCUGUUAUUAUCCAUGGAAACGGACCCACCAAACUUCAGAUAAACUACCUGGGGAACUAUAUCCCAAAUGUGUGGACAUUCGAGUCCGGCUGCACAGUUUGUAACGAGACUCUGCGACCGCUUUCUGGACUCCAGGAGAGUGAAUAUCCUGUGGUUGUCAUCGGGAUCUUCAUCCAGCAGCCCACACCCUUUGUCACUGUGUUUUUUGAGCGCUUACUUAACCUCAAAUACCCCAAAAACCGGCUACAAUUAUUCAUCUAUAAUCAGGAAUCACACCACGAAGCCCACGUACGCACCUUUCUAGAGCAUCACGAGCCUGAAUACCAGGGAGUGAAGCUGAUUGGUCCGGAGGAGGAUAUAGACGCCGUGACCUCGCGUAAUAUAGGCUUCGAUAUGUGUCGAGACAACAUUGACUGCGAAUACUUCUUCAGCAUAGACGUGGAUGUGGUUUUAAAGAAUGAAGACACGCUUAAAAUACUUAUCGAGCUCAAUAAGCCUUUUAUUGCACCGAUGAUGACCAAACCUGGGCGUCUGUGGACGAACUUCUGGGGCGCUCUCAGCGCAGACGGCUACUACGCCAGAUCAGAGGAUUACGUGGACAUAGUUCAAAGACAGCGCAAGGGUUUGUGGAACGUCCCAUACGUCUCUCACAUAUUCCUGCUGAAAGCCGAUGCAUUGAGGACUGACCUCAAAGAUCCUGACCUGUUCGAAUCUGCAACGCUGGAUCCAGAUAUGGCCUUCUGCUCCAAAGUUCGAAACAAGGGUGUCUUCAUGUUCGUAACAAAUAUGCACGCUUACGGUCGGGUUUUAUCGACUGAAAAUUACCAGACAAACCACUUGCACAAUGAUCUCUGGCAGAUCUUCGAAAAUCCCACGGAAUGGGAAGAAAGAUACAUUCAUAAGAAUUAUUCCAAAGUUUUGAAAGCUGAAUUUAUAGAAACGCCGUGUCCUGAUGUCUACUGGUUCCCCGUGUUCACGGACGUGGCCUGCGAACAUAUGAUCGAGGAGAUGGAGCAUUUUGGCCAGUGGUCAGGAGGUGGAAAUGUGGACAAUAGGAUCCAAGGUGGAUAUGAAAAUGUGCCAACGAUUGAUAUCCACAUGAAUCAGGUGGGCUACGAAAAAGAAUGGCACAAGUUCCUUUUGGACUACGUAGCACCGGUCACUGAGAAGAUGUACCCAGGAUACUACACAAGGGCUCAGUUUGAUCUGGCGUUUGUAGUCCGAUAUAAACCUGAUGAACAGCCCUCACUCAGACCACAUCACGACGCCUCUACUUUCACUAUCAAUAUAGCACUCAAUCAAGUGGGGAUCGACUAUCAGGGCGGCGGAUGCCGGUUCUUGAGGUAUAACUGCUCUGUUACGGCUCCGCGGAGGGGCUGGGCGCUCAUGCACCCCGGACGCCUCACUCACUACCACGAGGGUCUGCCCACCACAGAGGGGGUCCGAUACAUCGUUGUCUCUUUUGUGGACCCUUGAACUACUUCCUUUCGGAAACGUUUGAAUUCAGAAGACUCUAGAAUAAUCAAAUCAUGCCGACACCGUGCCUCACGUUGUGAAUACGUCAGUGUAUAUAUAUAUCUUCCAUGUGUUUUUUAAUGCAAGGGCAUCGUUUGAUAACGAUCGAUGAACGUCGAAAGCAGUUCGACGGAUCACUGCGCAGUGUGUGACUCCUAUGCAGCGACAUUUUACUCAUUUAUUUAUUGUCAUGUAUCGAAGAGAUUGCUCCUUA